AUGAGUACCAUCGCUGUAUGCAUUCCCAGUUCUCGAAUUAGGGGACGUUUGGAUUCGCCGAAAAAGCUUAUUUCUGAUUUCAGCUUCUGCUCAAAUUCACCUGCUUUUAUCUCAUUUUCCAGAAGAUUCUUCAGUUUCAGUACGUCAUUUUCAGUGGUCAAUCGUCCGUUGCUCAAAAUCAACGCUUCAUCUACCGUAGGUGCACCGAACGGAGAAUUGGAAGCUUCAAUUGCAGGAAUGGUUGGAGCUAAUGACUUGCUGAUUGUUGGACCAGGUGUUCUAGGGCGCAUUGUGGCUGAGAAAUGGCGAGAGGAACAUCCAGGCUGUCAAAUUUAUGGGCAGACAAUGACAAGUGAUCAUCAUGAUGAAUUAAUCAAAAUGGGGAUCACUCCAACUACAAAGGGAACCCCAGUCAGUAACAAGUUUCCUUAUGUGAUUUUCUGUGCUCCUCCAUCCCGAACUCCAGAUUACCCUGGUGAUGUCAGGGAAGCAACAUUAAAUUGGAAUGGUGAAGGCUCUUUCCUAUUUACUUCAAGCUCUGCUCCCUAUGACUGCAGUGAUAAUGGAUCUUGUGAUGAGGAAACUCCAGUAGUUCCAAUUGGGAGGAGCCACAGAACGGAUGUUCUUCUCAAGGCAGAGAAAGUAGUGCUGGAGGCUGGUGGUUGUGUUAUCAGACUGGCCGGACUCUACAUAUCCUUUAUAGAUCUUGAAGGUGCGCAUACAUACUGGUUAGAGAAAGGGAUUUGCGACGUUCGUCCGGAUCAUAUCCUUAAUCUGAUACACUAUGAGGAUGCAGCUUCACUUUCAAUUGCAGUCUUGAAGAAGAAACUCCGUGGACGGAUCUUUCUCGGCUGUGAUAAUCACCCUUUAUCGAGGCAGGAAGUGAUGGAAUUGGUUGAUAAGAGUGGAAAAUAUGGCAAGAAGUUUGGAGCUUUUACCGGAACAAAGGAUCCUUUAGGUAAGAAAUUAAGCAACUCGAAAACUCGUGCAGAAUUAGGCUGGGAACCGAAAUAUCCAAGCUUUGCUCAUUUCCUUGGAGUCCCCCAAUAA